AUGUCGGUCUCAGCAGCAUUGAAGAGCCGGGUCAGGAGGCCAAGUUAUCUCAAGAAGAUUGCGAAAGCUGAGGAUUUGCUUCAUCACUUUCCCAAUGGAGCAUACAUCGGCUGGAGUGGCUUCACGGGUGUUGGAUAUCCAAAGAAGAUCCCUACGGCUAUGGCCGACCAUGUCGAGAAGAACAAUCUCCAAGGUCAGCUGAAGUACAAUCUCUUCGUCGGUGCAUCGUCAGGUGCAGAGACUGAGAACCGAUGGGCACGUCUCAACAUGAUCGAGCGCCGGUCGCCGCAUCAAGUCGGUAAGGAGAUUGCCAAGGGUAUCAACAACGGCAACAUCAACUUCUUCGAUAAACAUCUGAGUAUGUUUCCCGUCGACUUGAUGUACGGUUUCUACACAUUGAACAAGCCCCACAACAAGCUUGAUGUGACCAUCGUGGAAGCGUCGGCCAUUACCGAGGAUGGUGGAAUCAUUCCAGGAGCCAGUGUUGGUGCAUCACCUGAAUUGAUCCAAAUGGCGGACAAAAUCAUCAUCGAAGUCAACACCGCAGCUCCUUCCUUCGAAGGACUACACGACAUCACUAUGACUGAUCUGCCGCCACGCCGAAAGCCUUACCUCAUCAUGUCCCCAGAAGAUCGCAUCGGUACACCGCACAUUCCUGUUGACCCGGAGAAGGUUGUGGCUAUCGUAGAGAGCGACUACCCCGAUCAGACCCAGCCCAACGCCGCCGAGGAUGAAACCUCAAGGGCUAUCGCUGCGAACUUGAUUGAGUUCUUGAAGCACGAGGUCAACCAUGGUCGUCUGCCAGAAAACCUCCUACCUAUUCAGUCUGGUAUUGGAAACAUUGCCAACGCAGUUGUUGGUGGACUUGCUUCCGGCGGCGCAAACUUCAAGAACCUCAAGGUAUGGACUGAAGUCCUCCAAGACUCCUUCCUGGACCUCUUCGACUCUGGCAACCUGGAUUUCGCGACGGCAACUUCGAUCCGUUUCUCUCCCGACGGCUUCCACCGCUUCUACGAGAACUGGGAUCGCUACGCGCCUAAGCUGCUACUCCGCUCCCAGCAAGUCUCCAACUCUCCCGAGAUCAUUCGACGUCUCGGUGUCAUUGGCAUGAACACACCUGUUGAGGUCGACAUCUACGCCCACGCCAACUCAACCUGUGUCAUGGGUAGCCGUAUGCUCAACGGUCUCGGUGGAUCCGCCGACUUCCUUCGCUCUUCCAAGUAUUCCAUCAUGCACACCCCCUCAUCGCGUCCUACGAAGACCGACCCGACUGGUGUGUCUUGCAUCGUGCCCAUGUGCACGCACAUCGACCAGACAGAGCACGAUCUCGACGUCAUCGUCACGGAGCAAGGUCUCGCUGAUGUUCGUGGUCUUUCACCCAAGGAGCGUGCCCGCGUCAUCAUCAAGAAGUGCGCACACCCCGACUACGUACCUAUCUUGGAGGACUACUUCAACAAGGCGGAGUUUGAGUGCCUGAGGAAGGGCUGGGGCCAUGAGCCGCAUCUGCUGUGGAACAGCUUCGAUAUGCACAGGCAUCUGAAUGACCAUGGUACUAUGAAGCUGCCCAAAUGGGACUACAAGAGUUAG